CUCUCUUCUCCAAUUCAGCCGGGCCAUUUCUCUUGUUCUGUAGUCCUUGUAUUUAAUUUCAGCAUGAGCGUUGUUAACAUUACGAACGUUACUAUUCUCGAGCCGCAGGGCCAUUUCAUGGACCCGUACAAGUUUGAAAUCACGUUCGAGUGUCUGUCACAGCUUGACGACGAUCUCGAGUUCAAGCUGGUGUACGUUGGCUCGGCCGAGAACACGACGCUGGACCAGGAACUGGACUCGCUGUUGGUGGGGCCGGUGCCGGUGGGAGUGAACAAGUUUGUGUUUGAGGCAGAUGCGCCGCAAGUGCACAAGCUGCCGAAGGAGGACAUAAUCGGGGUGACGGUGAUUCUGCUGACGUGCUCGUACAAGACCAAGGAGUUUGUUCGGAUAGGGUACUACGUGGACAACGCGUAUAAGUGACGAAGAGCUGCAGCAGAGCCCGCCCGAGGUGCCGGUCCUGGAGCGCGUGUUCCGCAGCAUCCUGGCAGACAAGCCGCGCGUCACGCGGUUCCCGAUCAACUGGGACGAUCCCGCUGCGCGAGGAGCAGCCGCCAGGCGCAGCCCGAGGUCAAGGAGGAGGAGGAGCGGGCGAUGGAUGAUGGCAGCCACGAUAUCGUCGAUGAGGGCGGCGAGGAGGACGAGGACGGAGGACGAGGAGGACGAUGACAAGGAUGAGGUUGAUCUGGAGAUGCUUGAGGAACAGGACGAGGCCGAUGGGCUUGAGGAUGAGGAGGACAUGGGCGACGAUGAGGCUGACGACAUGGAAGAGGUGCAGGCCGGGCAGUCAGUCGUCGAUUCUGCCACCCGGCGAUGCCAUGGAGACUGAUUGAAUAGAAAAAUUGAUUCUGAUAAAUGGUUUUAA